GACAGUAUAGUUAGGAGCCCACUGAAAGUACUAUGUCUUUUAAAGACCUAGGCUUGUAAAUGUUAUACAUCCGGGAGGGAGAUGAGAGGCAAGCCAGCACAACAACAGGUGGAGUGUCACCAUCUGGUAUACAUCCGGGAGGGAGAUGAGAGGCAAGCCAGCACAACAACAGGUGGAGUGUCACCAUCUGUUAUACAUCCGGGAGGGAGAUGAGAGGCAAGCCAGCACAACAACAGGUUACCAUCUUCCCUAUGGCCAGCACAACAACAGGUUACCAUCUCUUCUACACUCUUCCCUAUGGCCAGCACAACAACAGGUUACCAUCUCUUCUACACUCUUCCCUAUGGCCAGCACAACAACAGGUUACCAUCUCUUCUACACUCUUCCCUAUGGCCAGCACAACAACAGGUCACCAUCUCUUCUACACUCUUCCCUAUGGCCAGCACAACAACAGGUUACCAUCUUCCCUAUGGCCAGCACAACAACAGGUUACCAUCUCUUCUACACUCUUCCCUAUGGCCAGCACAACAACAGGUCACCAUCUCUUCUACACUCUUCCCUAUGGCCAGCACAACAACAGGUUACCAUCUCUUCUACACUCUUCCCUAUGGCCAGCACAACAACAGGUUACCAUCUCUUCUACACUCUUCCCUAUGGCCAGCACAACAACAGGUUACCAUCUCUUCUACACUCUUCCCUAUGGCCAGCACAACAACAGGUUACCAUCUCUUCUACACUCUUCCCUAUGGCCAGCACAACAACAGGUCACCAUCUCUUCUACACUCUUCCCUAUGGCCAGCACAACAACAGGUUACCAUCUCUUCUACACUCUUCCCUAUGGCCAGCACAACAACAGGUUACCAUCUCUUCUACACUCUUCCCUAUGGCCAGCACAACAACAGGUCACCAUCUCUUCUACACUCUUCCCUAUGGCCAGCACAACAACAGGUUACCAUAUCUUCUACACUCUUCCCUAUGGCCAGCACAACAACAGGUUACCAUCUGUUCUACACUCUUCCCUAUGGCCAGCACAACAACAGGUUACCAUCUCUUCUACACUCUUCCAUAUGGCCAGCACAACAACAGGUCACCAUCUUUUAUUUUGUAAUUGUUUACCUUUCAGAAGAAGUAUGGUGAGAUAUAUGGAUACUGCCUGCUGAACUGUAAAUACACAUUACACAUUACGUAACUAGGAUCAGGUGGAGAGAGAGGGCUGGAAAGGUUUCUUCAGGUCAAACAUAGGAUGACAGUGUUAGGAAUGAUGGAUUUAUGUAUGUUACAAGCACACAUACGCACACGUACACACACGUACACACACACAC